GACACUGGGAACAUGGCGGCUGCCUUGGAAAAUGAAUUGGUAGUAGACAACGAAGAUUAUUAUUCCCUGCUCAAUGUCAGGAAAGAGGCCACUCAAGAAGAGCUUAAGUCCUCUUACAGGCGUCUGUGCAUGCUGUACCACCCUGACAAGCACCGAGACCCUGAGCUAAAGAGGCAGGCAGAACAACUCUUCACUUAUGUUCAUCAGGCAUAUGAGGUUCUCAGUGACCCACAGUCCCGAGCCAUAUAUGACAUAUUUGGAAAGAAAGGCCUGGAGGUGGAAGGCUGGGAGGUGGUGGAGAGAAAGAGAACCCCUGCAGAAAUCAGGGAGGAAUAUGAGCAUUUGCAAAAGGAGAGAGAUGAAAGGAGACUCCAGCAAAGGACAAACCCUAAGGGCACAAUAAGUGUGGGUAUAGAUGCAACAGACCUCUUUGACCAAUAUGAGGAGGACUUUGAGGAUGUAUCAGGAGGAGGUUUUCCCCAUAUUGAGAUCAACAGGAUGCACAUUUCCCAAUCCAUUGAGGCACCUCUGACCAAUUCAGAUACUGCUGUCCUUUCCGGCUCUCUGUCCACACAUAAUGGCAACGGGGGCGGAAAUAUAAAUUUGUGUGUGCGACACGUGACUUCAACAAGGGGCUGGGGAGAGCUGGAGUUUGGUGCAGGGGACAGUAGAGGUCCUCUCUUUGGGAUGAAAAUAUUCCGUAACGUAACUGCACGCUGCUUUGUGACUGCCCAAUGGGGAUUGCAGUUCUCCUCACGUGGUGUGCGACCCAGUGCCACUACCAUGAUGGCUCGGCACCUGGACCAGAACACUAUGGGCUACCUGCAGUGGCGUUGGGGAAGUCAGUCCGCCAUGACCACCAGUAUCGUCAGGGACACCAAAACCAGCCACUUCACCCUAGCCUUCCAGCUGGGCAUUCCUCAUUCUUACCUGAUGAUGAGCUAUCAGUACAAAUUCCAGGAUGAAGACCAGACCAAGGUUAAAGGUUCCAUAAAGACUGGGUUCUUCGGCACUAUGGUUGAGUACGGUGCUGAACGAAAGAUCAGUCGCCACAGCGUUCUGGCUGCUACCGUUAGCAUUGGUGUACCCCAAGGAGUUUCUCUCAAAAUCAGGUUGAACCGAGCCAGUCAAACCUACCUCUUUCCCAUUCACCUGACCGACCAGAUUUUACCCAGUGCUGUGUUUUACGCCACUGUGGGCCCACUGGCCAUCUACUUAGCUGUCCAGAAACUUAUUAUUAUGCCUUAUGUACGAGCCCAAAAGGAACAGGAGUUAGAGAAACAGAAGGAAGAUUCUGCCUCAGAAAUUGCUCGCAGGAAGCAAGAGGCUGAAGCUGCUGUUUUGCUGAUGCAAGAGGCAGUAAAGAGAAUAAUCGACGCCGAGGAAUCUAAAAUGGGUCUCAUCAUUCUAAACGCCUGGUACGGCAAGUUUGUGUCCGACAACAGUCAGAAGCGAGAGAGAGCAAAAGUAAUCGACGUGACCAUCCCGCUCCAAUGCUUAGUGAAAGACUCAAAACUCAUUCUUACCGAGGCAUCAAAGGCUGGUUUGCCAGGGUUUUAUGACCCGUGUGUCGGAGAGGAAAAGAGUCUAAAGCUACUCUAUCAGUUCAGAGGAGCAAUGCACCAAGUCCUGUCCGGAGACACAGAGCCUCUUAGGAUACCUAAACAAUCUCAUAGAAUAGAGUCAGAGACAUAGGAGUCUCCGACAUAGCACAAGAACGAAGGACAGAUGAAAUCAAUGGACAUCUGGAGAUAGUCGGAACAAAUAAAGGGACAGUCAGACAUCAAGUGGUGCAAAGGGCUGCUCCUCUUGUUUUUAUGUAGUCACCUGUGUAUCACCUUUUUGUUGUCUGGUUAUCUCAAAUCCCUUUGCAUGUCUCACAUCAAACAUGGUCCUUUGAAGUUUUAAGUGAGACUUUCAGUUGAUGUGAGUCUCCCUCUGUGUUCUGUUAUGUUGUCAUAUCACUCCAUCCGGCUAUCUCAAUCAAUGUUAAUCCUACAUGCUUAUAGAUCUGAUAUAAAAGGGAAAGAAUGCCAGUAAAGGCUCCUCAAACAAAAUCACACUUGACAUCAGCUCCAGGACGUCUAAUCCAAACCGUAAUGGAACACUGUACAACCUGUGCUUUUAUAGCCAUUGCUAUUGAUCUCAAAAUGUUUUUUGAUUAAUACUGUAAGUGCACAUAGAUAUUUUUGCGUGUUUGUAUUGUAUGCCUGCAAAGUCAGUACUUAGCUAAUGCUCAACAAUACUAAACAAAACAAUUAGUUUUAGAGUGAUCUGUUCUGACCAGAGGAGCAUAAUCUCAUUCUUCCCCAGAUAUGUGUGAUAAAAGAAGAGUCAUUUGCAUUCACUCUAUAAUCAAGCAAUAUCAAAUAUACUGUGACUGGACUCCAUCCCACUGAUCAUUUGUCUUUACUUGUUUGUUGUCGCAGUUUAAAUGUAAAAUUUGUUUAGCUAGUUGUUAUUUGCACCUGUAUGUUUGCUUCGUUCUCUUGAAUUGUGCUGCAUUAGUUUUACUGAUGUGAAAUGUCAGCAGCAUUGCACAGAUGGAUCUAGAGUGAAGCUAAAAUAUAUUUUGGAUAAUUUCUUUGUUCGUGUGACAUUUAUUGAUAUUUGAAUGAGAGGUUUGAACCAAAAGAGUUUGUAAGAGUACGACAGAGCAAUGUUUGAACAAUUUAAAUUAUUUAAACAAUAUUUCAAAUUGUCCUUUUUAUUUUUUGUUGUAACCCACUGAAAUAUCGAUUCAUUUGUUGUGUUAUUUAAAUGUGCCAUGCUCUCUUUUGUCCUACAUUUCUGAUUUAUUUAAUUGUCCUUGUGAAUUUGUUGAUUGGUGGGCACUGCCUACAUUAUUUGAAUUGUCUGUAAUAGAUGUGUUUAAUUUUAACUGUCUUUUCAGUUGUAUCACAUUCUUGUUUUAGACGUUUUCAAUAGCAAGGAAAAUAAAAUUUUGCUGUUGCAACACCAAACCCAUUAGUUUUGCUACGUUUAUGCCAGUAAUCCAAUCGAAAACACUCUCCAUUACUGCAUACUUCAAAAAAACUGUGAUGUAAGGAAAUUGAAAAUGCAUUAAUUUCACUACAUUUAUGCUUCUCAUCCACACUAGAACCGUGUUUUCCUCCACCGAAAACAAUGGCUUUCAAAAACUCUCUCCAUUACUGCAAACUUCCAAAACCAAUGACAUUAGGAAACCGAAAAUGCAUUCAUUUUGCUGCAUUAACCCUUCUCAUCCACACUAGAAUGUUUUUUUCCUCCACCGAAAAUGAGACUUUCGAAAACGCUCACCAUUACCACAUACUUUGGAAACUGACACGUUAGGAAAUUCGAAACGCAUUAAUUACGCUACAUUUAUGCCUGUCAUCUAUACUAGAUAAGAAUUUUCCUCCACUGAAAAAUAGCAACUUUCGAAAAUGCUCUCCAUUACCUGUUACAUUGAAAAGCAAUGAUGUUAGGAAAUUGAAAAUGCAUUAAUUUUGCUGUUUACUCCUGUCAUCCAUACUAGAUAAGAGUUUUCCUUCAUUGAAAAAGUGACUUUCAAAAAUAAUCCAUUAGCGCAUUCUUUGGAAAACAAUGAUGUUAGGAAACUGAUAUGUGUAUAUGGCCUAAGGCUGAAUUUCAAAGAACUUUGCCAUGCUGGGUCAAUGUUCAAUACAUCAGCAUUUGAUUGGUCAUUUACAAGGUCAUGAUAUCAUUUUAUUGUGAUUUAAAAAGGAAUUAUCUUUUACCCUUUUCUUGUUAUCCAGUACAGUCAUUCAUCUUGCACAUUUCCUUAAGUUUUAAUGUAGGUCAUGUUCAUGUAAAUGGCUGGUUCAAGCCAAAUUUUGCAACUCCGGAUGAAAACUGUUACAUUCUGAUGCAAAACCUUACAAAUGUAUUAAUGUAGUCAACCAGAAGAGUAAUUGAAACAAUAAAAAGUGAA